AUGCCGGACUAUUCUUCUACUAUUCGUACUUGCAUAUUUUUGGUCUUUCAUGAACAAGUGUAUCGGAAGCCAACAACAUUCGAUACUUGCUUAAGCGGAUUUUCUGAUGAAGCAAAUCGCAUGCCGAAUAGAAACGACAGCUUUAAUUCAAUUUCCUCACCACGCCAAUUCGAUUAUAGAAACAGAAAUGUGAUGUAUCCUCUCCAACAUCGUGGUAGUUCCGAGUCUAGUCUGGCAUCAGUACCAUCUUCUUAUUCCCAUGCUUCUACUAAUGAUCCUGGUCUGAUCUUUGAACGAAUGCCAGAUAAUUUUUAUGAACCUACUAAUCGGCCUCCUAAUUUCAAUUCGUAUCCUUACGGAGAGCGUGAUGGUAUCUACGGUAGCGGCCUUCUUGAUAGCGGUUUAAGUCAAACAAGAAGUGAACACUCGAUGCCGGAAUCGGAACGACUUCAACGCCAUAUUGACUAUUUAACAUCUAAAGUUAAACAGUAUCAAAUAGAGAACAAGCAUUAUCAAGAAGAAAAUGUCUUGUUAGCUGCACGAUUAAAGGCAACAUUAGAUAUGAAUGCUGUUUUACAACGUAAGCUAAAAGAAUAUGCGGCCAGUAGAUGGGCCGCACCACGACAACAAUGGUCAUCGGAUAAUACUAUUCCAACUGCCUCAGCAUACCCAGUUCAGGGAAUGGCCCAUACCACAAGAUCAGCAUUCUCACCGACAUUACCUAGUGUUAAUGUAGUUACACAGAAGACAAAAACAACUUCUCCUCACCCAAGAUAUAUGCCGCCAUCAUCGUAUUCACCAAAUCAAGAAACAUCUACAGAAUACAAUAAUAACAACAAUACUAACAAAAUAACUAGUAAUAAUAGCCAUCAGACAGCGUCGCCAGGAUUAAUUGAACGUAAAGAAUUUCGCAAUAUCAAUUCAAGCCAAUUGGAAUUUUUAAAAGAUGAACAUUUAUCGACAUUAGAUAGUAAAAUAAGCAUAGCUUCGGAAAGAUCGAAAUCAAUAACCGAAAGAGAUUGGUCCGGCUUCAGUUUUAAAGGAGGAGCAGUAUCCUUGAUUUCCCUUUUAAGCGAAGGUACCGGAGUUCACUGCCCCAGUCUUGGCCACAGCGAACAUAAUAGUGAUUUAUCGGAUAGUGAUUCUGAUGAAAGCUGCAACGAAGAAAACGAUGAGCAAUCUAUCCUUAGUCGUUAUAACUCAAUCAAUCUAAAGAAAAAAUUACCUUGGAAGUUUGUUGUUCGAAGUGAGAUAUGUUAUCAGAAAAAAGGACAAUUAUGUAUUACUUUAAUGGAUGCUGAAUGUAAUCUUCCCAAACUACCACGAUUAAAAGUAUACUUCUUCGUCAAUUUAACUUCCAACAAUGGUGACUGGUCAGAAGGCCGAAAAACAGAACUAUUUCAUGUUACUAAAAAAUUUCCUAUUAAUCAAGUUUAUAACUUCUCCUUAAUCAAUGACAGUCUAGACGAUUUUGUUAUUAACCUUAGUGUUUGCACAAGAAUUGAACCUAGUGAUGUAGAAGUCUCACUAGGUAUACAAUCCAUUAUACCUCCUAAUUGUUUGAAUGGAGUCCGAUCUUAUGAAAUUACUAGCAGCAAUGCUAAAACGUGGAAACAAGUUAUUUCUAGCCUUAAAAACUGCAGUAAAAAAUCAAGCGAUAUUACUCCAUCAAUUAAGCAAAAUAAUGACAAUGAGGAGGGAGCAAAUUCGUUCCGGCACUCAAUACCUAUCAAAACUAAAGAUCUAGAUAAGGAUGCAUCUAAUCCAUCCAGUUAUAUUUCUUGUAAUGACGAGGAAAUUAUACUACAAAAUCGAACUCACUCUUACAGUAACUUAAGACAUGUCGGUGUGGAAGAAUCAGACCAUAAUGACAGCGAUGACGAAUGUAAUGAAAUAACUCCAAAAUUAGAAUCUAAGGCUCCAAGUCGUACAAGUAUAAAUGGUAGUCAAAAUAUAAAAGAAGUUGUAGAGACAGAAUCGAAGGAUGCGGCAUCUUCCCACGUAUCCAAGAGUAAAGAUACAACUACCACGGCUGAAAAUCAUCGUGGCUCAAGGAGAUCACUCAAAUCAUUAUUAAGAAGAAAUCAUAAAAGGAAAAAUGUAGAUACAAUGGUGUAA